GCUAGAUAAGCAAUCAACGACCAUCGCUUCUCUCGUCACUCUCUCAAUUUACAACUUCAUCAUCAGGCAAUUCACAAUGGCACCAACACUCAAGCACUUCGCGGCAGGCGACUACGCCAAGCUCCACCAAUACAACGAGCACAAAAACAUCCAAAUCGGCGACACCCAUUCCAGCGUCGAACAAGACCCCCAAGCCCCAAUAACGUCCGGCUUUUUCACGCUCGAGAAGGGCUGCAAAGCUACCACAACCUUCGGCUUCUCAGAAUACAAAUACGUCCUCUCCGGGACUUUCAUUGUUUCAGACCAAUCUGGUCAAAGAUUUGUUGGAAGGCCCGGGGAUGUGAUUUAUAUUCCAAAGGGCUCGACUGUUACGUUUGAAACUGAGGAGGGAGGGAAGACGUUUUUCGUGGCGCAGAGACUUGCGAAUGAGAGUCGGAGGGCGGGAGUGUUGGCCAAGUUGUGAGCAAAUUGGCAGAGUACACGAAUUGGAUGAAAGAAUGGGACCAUGAUGAUAUGCAGCACAUUUAUUAGGGAAUCGC